CUUUCGAACGUGUCUGUGACCCCGGAGACGCCAGUCGUUGUUUAUGCCACCGAGAAACGCGUGCCGGCCGUGCUUGUGUACGUCACAUCAAUUAAGUGCGCUCGAAUCGCAGUUCCAAUUGAAAUAAAUCGGAUACCAACACGGCGCUCGGUUUUGCUCCCUGCGUCUGGCUGAUGAAAUGUGAUUCGGGGUUGACGACUCGACGGUAGAUGGUUUUUGCCUGCAAGCUUACAAGUGUGCCCCAGUGAAAAUCCUGUUCAUCUCGAGAAGCAGCUUAGAGUCGAGCGGUAAACCGCGGUGCGAUGGAUGCGAAGAGAAAUGGUCGCGGUGUGGGUAGUGGAAGCGUGGAAAAGAAUCCGCCACCGGAAGGUGUCGAGUUGCUUCCGAUAAAAGCUGACGGAAGCGCAAUCUCACCGUGUCUGUACAAUCCCUACCAGCACCGGAAUGUGCCAAAUCCGACCUCCACCCUCGGUACGUUCGUGCACGUCAUGAAGUCGGCCCUCGGCAUUGGCAUUCUGUCGGUGCCGUACGCGUUCAAAAAUGGCGGCCUGGCGUUCGGCGUUUUCGGCGCGUUUUUCUUCGCGAUGCUCUGCUCGCACAGCGCGCACAUUCUGGUUCACACGUCCUACAUGAUCUGCAAGAAGGAGCGCAUCCCGAUGCUGGGCUUCGCGGAAACGGUGGAAAAAGCGUGCUCCUACGGGUCGUCGGGCGUGCGCGUCCUCGGUACGAUCCUGAGGAACGUCAUCGAUUGGUAUCUGAUGCUGACGACGGUGGUCGUCUUCAUCGUGUUCGUCGGCACGACGCUGCGGGAGGUGGUGAACUUUCGCGCCGGGGUGGACUGGAGCGAGCGGACGUACAUCCUACUGGUCGGCGUGCCGAUCCUGUUCAUCACGCAAAUUCGCGAGAUCAAGUAUCUGGUUCCGUUCUCGGCCAUCGCCGGCUUUCUGAUCAUGGCGAACAUCGUCAUCUCGCUGGUGUUCAUUUUCCAGGAGCCACUUUCGUUGGAAAAUCGCCGCAUGCUGCCCACUGCGUCAACCGUCGCACCGUACAUGGGCAUCGUCUACUUCGCCCUGGACGCGACGUGCCUGAUAUUCCCGCUGGAAAACCAGAUGCGCCACCCGCAGCACUACCUCGGCUGUCCGGGUAUCGUCAACCUGAACUACGUCUGUCUGGCCGUGCUGUACAGCUUCUUCGGCGCCGUGGGCUACAUCCGGUACGGGGACGCUGUCGAAAGCUCCAUCAUACUUAACUUCCCCACGGAAAACGUGCUCGUCUCGGUGAUACAAGUGCUGUCCGCCGUGGCGGUGCUGUUUUCCAUCGGACUGAUUUUCUACGUGCCAACCGAGAUCGCCUGGAAGAAGCUGCACACGAAGGUUCCGAAGCAGUGGAGCGGAUUGGCGCAGAGUGGCCUCCGGCUGUCGGUGCUGGCACUUAAUAUGGCCGCAGCGUGCGGCAUCCCACACUUGGGGACGUUUAUGGGGCUCCUUGGGGCCGUGCUGAACCCCAUCCUCGCCCUCUGGAUACCGAUCGUGGUGGAUACGGCCUAUCGCUGGCCGCUGGACGACUUCGGGCGACUGCGCUGGCGACUGGUGAAAAAUGGAGCACUUUGCUGCUUCGGACUGUUCCUGCUCGUCACCGGCACCAUUUCCAGCGUGGAAAACAUUGUCGCCUUGUACAAGUGA